AUUGAACAGUCCCUGUCUUAUAAUCACUAAUAAUGAUGCUACCCAAUUCCCAGUACUCUACUAUAACAAUGUUGAUGGUAAACGUGUUCCAUUACAGUAUGACAGAGUACUCUGUGAUGUCCCCUGUAGUGGUGAUGGUACUAUGAGAAAGAAUCCAACAAUAUGGAGAUCAUGGAAUUCUAGUACACCAUUAUCACUACACAGAUUACAAUUAAGACUGCUGAUGAGGGGUCUGGAAUUAUUGAAGCCAGGGGGCAGACUGGUCUAUUCAACGUGUUCAAUGAAUCCAAUAGAAGAUGAAGCAGUUAUUGCUGGAGCAUUGAAGUUUUGUAAUGGAUCAGUGGAACUGGUGGACACUUCUUCACUGUUACCUGGUCUGAAAAGGACCAAUGGAGUUAAUACAUGGAAGGUCUUAACAAAGAAUGGGGAAUGGAUUUCAUCAUAUAAAGAGACUCCGUCUAAUUUACUACACACAGUCCAUUCAUCAAUGUUCCCUCCUACUGCACUAGAGGCUGACACAUAUCAGUUGAACCGAUGGUACUUUAUAUUAUUGCAUAAUUUACAUACAUGUACCGGUACAUGUAUGUACAUGUAUGUAUGUACAUGUACAUGUAUAUUAGAUUCUCGCAUUCAAUAUAUGCACUAUCAUACACAGAUACAUGUAUGUUAUAAUUUAUAAACAAGUACAGUAUUAGUACAUGCACACACGCACACGCGCACACACACACACACACACAAGCAUCACAUCAAUAAUAAUAGUAAUAGUACUACUGUUCAUUCACAUAAUAAUUAUUAGUACUUAUGUCUCAUGCAUGCCUCUACCACACAAUCACAUUUUCGCACCUUGUUAACACUAUACUAUUACACAAUAUGUACUGACACAGGCUUGCCUGAAUAGAACAUUCUAGAACAUCAUUCUCUAAUAUAAGCACACACUCUCUUGCUCUCUCUCCCUCUUUUGAUUUUUUGCUAUUGUCGAAUGUUGAUUCAAUAUCUU